UUAGUUCCAUAUAUUGACAAGCAUAAAAUUCAAUGCCAAAUUCCUUCAUUUCACCUUUGUUGUUAGAGACUUCAGACAGAUCACAGUGAUUAUCAAUUAUGGCUUCAUCGUCACUUAUGAAGGCAGUUAAGCACUAGUAUAUCUAUUCUUCUUUGCAUUCCUAAAAAUUCUUGAAGUUCUAAUAUCAGAGUUCUAAUAUCAGGGAGCUUGGAGACUCUGUUGUACAUAGAGAAAUUUGAAAAAGCAAACUAUCGUGAUAGUUUCAAUAGACUAAAUCUAACCUCAGCAGUCAAUGAUAUAAUUCGAAGCCAACAAUUAUUGCAUAUUUAACGGUUCUCCAAGUGUUGGGUAAUAUUGGUAUCGUUAUCAUACAAACUCACCACCUAAAACUCUAAAUCCUUCCACCUACCAUUCUCUAAAAUCUCCUUUAAAAAUCCAUUAAGGCCAAACUUCCAUAUAAACCCUUCCGCUUGAGUUAUCAAAACUACAUGUGAUAAAAUGAAAACUAGUGAGCAGCUUUUGAAGGCUACUUCUGUACUGAAGAUUAUUAAUUUGGCAUUGCUGUGGUAGUGAAUUUUGGAGAUGAUAUUGAUGUGCGAGCACUUUUACUAGAGUCUCAUUUGUUUUCUUUAUCUCAUAAUGCUUUGUUUCAUUUUUCUUCAGGGAAGAGGAUUUUUUCAGACUUAAGAGCUAACCAUCCGGGGAUUGGUAUCUUCAUGUUCAGAACUGUUGCUGCAGGUGCUAGUGUCUUGGUGAUUGGAAUAAGCUCUGUGAUCCUUUUCAAAGCAUAUCAAUCAGAUGAAGCUGCUGAAUUCUUGCUAUAUUUCUUAAUCCUUUAUGUUUUUGGGUUCCCAGGAACUGUGAUUUUCAUAUCUUUUCUUGUGCUUCUACUAUUUAGAAUGGAAUCUCCAAGAAUGAUGAUGGUACCUCAGACUCCAGGAAACAUGGAAGUUCCAAUGAUGUACAAUUUCCAUCCAAAUCUGAAAUUUAUUCAAAAACCCCAAGAUUGUGGCUCCUUGCUUGUAUAAAUUCAUGUAAUAGCUGGAGAUAAAAGCUAAUCUUUCCCUUUAUUUUCA